GUCGGAACCAGAGGAACUACAAAAGGCACGUAUGAAGCCCUGUCGCACAAUGAGUCCCUGUCCAGUGUAUGAAAGGACCACUAAGACUCUUUAUCUGUUCUUCAACUGCGUCUAUGACAAGGUCCCAGAAAGAACGCAGAUUGACAAAGAAAUAAACCUAGCUCGACUGUGUUACAUCACCACUAAAGAUGUCCAGACAUGGAGUGAAUUAACAGACCUGACAGACGUUGGUGAGAUUGGUGAAAAGGUUAAGGACUGGGCCACUUUUGCGAUUGGUCCAGGGCAUGGAAUUCAAAUGGAGGACAACACGCUGAUCAUUCCUGCAUAUGCUUAUCACAAAGACACAAAGAAAUCCCAUGCUUUUGUGUUUUCUAGUGGUGAUUUAGGUGAGACAUGGCAUGUUGGGAAGAGGAUUGAAGAGAAAUGUGGUGAGUGCCAAGUGGCUGAGGUGAUUGACAGUAAGGGAAGUCACCUCUACUGUAAUGCCCGUGGCUUUUCGUGUUGUAAAUCUCGAGUAGAAGCUUUGAGCAAAAACCAAGGAGAAAGCUUUGGCAAACCUAAACACCCCAAAUUGCCUGAAACAGGAAAAAAUGGUUGUCAAGGCAGUGUUAUAGCCUUCCAGCCACGUGUAGAUAAAACUCAAACCUGGCUACUCUUUACGCAUCCAGAUGACCCAUGCGACAGAAAGAAUCUUGCUGUGUACUUGAAUAAAAACCCUUUGGACAGUAAAGCUUGGAAGAAAAUGAAGGUCAUCAAAGGAGGUCCUAGUGCAUACUCAGAUGUGGUUUAUGUGGAGAAAGAAGAUUACUUUGCUUGCCUUGUGGAAUGUGGAGAGAAGAGUGAGAGUGAUCAGAUCGAUUUUGUGACGUUCAGACUCGACACUAACCAGGUUCCUUUUGCUCUUACAGUGCCUAGAGUUAUGACCAGUGAUGCAUGAUGGGAGAAUUAGUAAUGGUUCUCACAGAAGGGCUUCACUUUCACUUCAUGUAAAUGAUACGUUAAGAGUUUAACAAGCCUCAUUAAAAGAAGCACGGUUUCCUAAAAAAGAAUUCAUCAUUCGUCAUAAUUGCCACUAGUUAAAUCCAUGGCCUAAAGAAACAACAAACAGAUAUUGGUUGCACAUAACUGACAACAAACCUGUGGCAGUCUUUCCUCUGGAUGACAGUUCAGCCUGUCCAUGUGUCUAAAAGGGUUGAAAUAUUUUCAUUACACAUAUGUAGGUCAGGACACAGACAGUAGUGAUUCCAGUCUGCUCAUAUUUUAUCCCAUAAUUUACACAUUGCAUUUAUUUUGAUCACGGCUAUUUAGAUCAAUACACAAAGCAUAAAAG